AUGAACUACCUCAUUGCAGAAUUGCAGCUCGCACCUCCAUGGGACAUCCUAUAUGCUAAUGACAUUGUCCUCAUCAGAAAAACGCCAGAUGAGAUACAGCAAGCACUUGACAUGUGGCGAGCCAAACUGGAAGGAGCUGGCCUCAGAAUCAGUAGGGAGAAAACAGUUUACAUGCACUGUGGUUUUAGUGGCAAUGUCAGUCGGGCACCACACCUGCAAGGUACUCCUUUGGAGGUUGUUCAGCAAUGCAAGUAUUUAGGGUCGAUCAUCAACGAUGGAAGCAUUGAUGCAGAUAUUUCGAGCAGGAUUAGUACGGGUUGGAUGAAAUGGAGAGAGCUGACGGGAGUGCUUUGUGACAAUAGAAUGCCCAUACACAUUAAGGGCAAAGUGCAUAAAGCUGCAGUGCGUCCAGCAAUGAUAUAUGGUGCAGAGUGCUGGCCUCUGAAAAAGCAACACGCAGAGAAACUUCAUACUACUGAGAUGGGCUGGAGGAGUAAGUAG